AACCACUUAUUUUUACUUCAUCUCAAGAAAAACAUACCUCUCAUUGAUUUUUCCGUGAAAAUAAGUUCCUUGUAAAUGUGUCUCCACUCUGCCAAACUUGACCACGUUUGCUUCAUCUAUCAACACUAAUUAUUGUGAUUGUGGUGACUAAUUGUAGCUUUAGACUGACCAAGUGCGUGAGUAAACUUCAAUAUGAAUUGCGACUUAUAUACUCUCUUCAAAUGUUUUGUAUUAUUUUCAAGUCCCUUGAAUAUGUUAUUUCUUAUUUAUUUCAUCCAUCAGGGCGUCGAAUCGAAGAGGAUCGAGUUGAUCUCUGCUGACUUCAAAGACGUUCACGAUUCGUCGGCAUUCGUCGACAAAACCAUGUUCCUGAACCAUUUCAUGCGAGACGAAGCAGAGCACAUGGUCAUCACCGCGCCGAAGGGCUUCGGAAAAACGAGCAUCCUGAACAUGGUUUCAGCAUUCCUCAACAUCCCCACCGAUGAGGCCGGAAACCCCUUGAACAAAACCACCUCCGAAUUUUACAGCAUCUUCACAUCCUCCGUAAAAAUCGCCAAAUAUCCCAAGCUAAUAAACGCAAAUUACAGAAAAUUUCCAGUACUAGCCUUGAACUUCAAUGAGAUAGAUACCCGAGACGAGAUCACUUUCUCCGCAUCUUUCCGCAGCUUCCUUCAACGGACCUUCAGUCAAUUUCCAUAUUUGGAAAGGAGCAAAAACCUAACAUCCGUAGACAAGUUUAAGCUCAGUGCGUUGCGUCGAAGUAUAAAAAACUUAGAGUUAAGUUCUUUGAUCGGGUUUGGUAAGAUUUUAACAAGAAUGCUCUUCGAGCACUUUAAGACUAAGUGUGUGCUUCUUGUGGAUGAUUACGACGUGCCAUUUUGGCGGGCUCUGGAGGCUAAGAAUUCAACUGAGGCAAAUUCUAUUAUCAAAAAUUUAGCACUAUUCAUUGGGAGAUUGGUGAGAACGAACGGUAAACACGUUGCUAGGUCUUUUUUGACCGGUUGUAGAAAAGUAGCAGCAAAGCACCUGACUACUGCUGAUAAUUUACAAUACUACUGUAUUUUCGACGAGAGUCCGUACUGGGAGUUUUAUGGAUUUACAGAAGAUGAGAUUGAAUUUCUCCGAAGUAAGUUCAAUAUUUCUGCGAAGAGUCUUGGGUUGGAUGAGAGAGACUCCGUUUUUGACGGGAAUCGUAGGAUUUACAAUACUAGCUCUGUGUUGAGAAAAAUAAAGGAAAAAUCAGUUGCCUGAGCGACUUGCACUUCAAAGGUUAUUAAAGUGUCAUGGAAGGUUCGAGGAGUACCGUUCGAUUUGUUAAUUUAUUCCAAAUAAUUAGCAACUUUUAAAUUCCCGUCAA